AUGCUAUCUAUUGUUGAAAGUAAACGUAAUAAACCAACUUUAUUACUUGAUACUUUUCGCUACACACAAGAUAAAAUUUUAAACACAACUAUUUAUUGGAAAUGUGAAAAUCGUUCAUGUCCUGGACGUGCUAUACAAUACGGUUCAAAUCCACCAAGCAUGAAGAAAUUGCAUAAUCAUGAUGGUGAUGAAAUGAAAUGUAAACAGGAAGAAUUUCGAAUGAAAUUAAAAAGACGUGUUGAAGAUUCACCACAAGCAGUAAAAAGAAUUUAUCGAGAAGAAAUUAUAUCGUUGCAUACAAAUUCACCAGAAGUUACACCAUUUAUACCAAUGUUUCAUGAAAUGAAAAAUUCAUUAUAUAAAACAAGAAAUACAAGUUAUCCACCUGCUCCACGUACAAUUGAUGAUGUUAAUAUCGAAGGAAUAUGGAGUAAAACUUUAAGUGGUGAGCAAUUUAUUUUGCAUAAUUCAAAACAUCUCAUAUUCGGGACAUCAGAAUCUCUUAAACAAUUAUCAAAAAGUGAUAAUGAUCAUUUAUUUUUUGAUGGAACGUUUAAAUCAUGUCCAAAUCCAUUCUAUCAAUUAUAUUCAGUUCAUUCGGUAAACAGUGAAUUAUCAACACCAAAAUUAUAUACUUUAUUACCUGAUAAAAAAGCUCCAACAUACAUAUCAAUUUUUAAUAGUAUAUUAAAUUUAUGCCAUAUGAACAAUAUUGGUUUGAAUCCUAAAUUUAUCACAAUAGACUUUGAACAAGCUGCUAUUAUUGCCAUUAAAUUAAUUUUUCCAAAUGCCAUUAUUAAAGGAUGCAAUUUUCAUUUUAACAAAUGUAUUUAUUCCAAAUUACAAGAUUUAGGAUUUCAAUCUGCAUUUAUCAAUAAAAAAUCAAGUGACUUAAAUGAAAUUAAUAUAAGAAAUCUUUAUAAAAAAACAUGCGCACUUGCAUUUAUGCCACCACAAGAAAUUGGUAAAUUAUGGGUAACAAUAAUGGAUGAAUAUCAAGAUAUUGAAAAUAUCGAAGGUUUUUAUGAUUAUGUAACCAAUACAUGGAUAGAUGAUGAUGCAUUAUUUGAUUAUGUAUUAUGGAAUUAUUAUAAUUUUAAAAGUUUAAGAACUAAUAAUCAUGUCGAAGGAUGGCAUCAUCGAUUAAAUAAUGAUUUAAAUAAUGUUGUACAUCCACAUUUUUAUCUGUUCAUUCGCGCAAUUCAAAAUGAUUAUGCUUAUAAUUCAGCAAUAUCAUCACGUCACUUAGCAACUGGUAUAUUACCUCCACGAAAAAAGUUAUUUGUAAAUCGAAAUGCUCGAUUACAGAAUUUAGAAGAACGUUUUAAACAACAAACAUUAACAUUGAAUGAAUAUCUUGAAAAAGUUAUGCAAUUAAUCGGAAUAAAAAAGUAUUGA